AUGAGCUUAUUCUAUGAGUUCCACUUCUCAGACAAUUACGAAUACAAGGCAGGUGCGAGAGUUUGGGCCAACGGUGAUGAUGUUGGUUAUUCUUCUCAUGGUGACUUCUCGAACGGUUGGCCUACUGGACUCUUCCCUAAAAUAUUCGAAGCGGGCUCCUCGUGCGAUGUAGAAUUCUCAAUUGAAAAAUGUCCAGUUCUUCAACCAAUCUUCACUGGCACCGGUGGCGGUACUUGUACGCCUGAUGACCCAAGUGUAAUCAUCGAUGAGGAAGUAGGAGAGAAUGGACUUCUUACUGCCCUGCCAGGAAAUAACCCAUUAUGGUCGGCCAACGGUGCUCCCGCUACCAACAACACUAACGCUUCUUCCUCUUCUUCCGUCAACUCCACUACACCCUCAACUUCUGCUUCCGCAGCUUCCUCCGCUACUUCUACAUUGGCUACUACUUCUUCCGCUACCCUUCUCGUCACGCCAAUCGGAGCCAUCCAAUCUUCUGCCCCCAGCUCCGCUUCGUCCUCUAGCGUCAUCGGGGAAAUCAACUUGAGCCCUACACCUACUGAAGGUGCUUCGACCGGUGGUCAAUGCAAAGCGAAGAAGAGGAGACUUUCACCUCAAUUCUAA